UCGCCCCGUAACGUAACAUGCCUUCCUCGCACCGAAAAAGCGGACGCCGCAGCACGCUGACGGACAUGCGUCGUCGGACGACGACUCGGACGAGAGCGAGAGCACGCUGAACACGCCGCCCGUUCCUACCGUGCCCUCCAUCUCCGCCUCCGCGUAGGACAGCUCCCCACUGCCUGCACGCGUCACAUGCUGUCAUGCCGCCAUGUGCCCUCCUCUUCUCAGGACGCUAUCUUCGUCACCUACGCAAUGCAAGCCCUUCUCAACGCCCCCGCGCGUUGAUCACCAUGUCACCGCCCUACCUCCUACGUUUUCCCGGCCCUCUAUGCGUCGCCCCACCUACGCGGACUAGAACCCAGCGGCCAACCGACGGCGUCCCACUUCUGUCAGAUCCCAACACCUUCGAACCUCCCUGUCCUCGGCCGACCUCUCCGUCGCCGGCGGUACCGCAUGACGCGCGCGACGUCAGCCCCUGCGCACACCAUGAGCUCAUCACCCUCCGCCCUCCGAACGUCAUCGACACUCCUCGCCGCGCGCGGCAUCACAUGCCCCGCCGUCCACCACGCUGCUAUCGAACGCCCGACCGCGCAGGCCGAGCUUGGCGCCGGAGGGAAGUUGAUCCGUCUCGCCGCUGCGCCCAUCGCUCCCAUGCACCCAUGACGUACCUCCGUCCCCGAGCCGCCCACGUCGAUCGGCGAGAGCCCGGGGGCUCAGGGACGCUGUACGCAGGGCGGCGACCUCGGACGAUCGUCGAUCAGGUCCGCGCGGGGUCUGUUCAGCUCAGGGCCCAGGACAGGACGAGUCGAUCGACGUUUGUCUCCAUGCAGCUCUGCGCCGUCGGGAGGUCUUAUCCAUGCGUUGUGCAUGUACGACCCAGACGAACCUGCAGCGCCCGCUGCGAAUUCGAUCCCCCGUCAAUUGUACUGAGUAUCGCUCCGCGCGGAACAAUCACCGGGCGAACAACAGGGUGCGCAGCUCAAUGAACCGUCCCAGCCCACCGGACCCGGCACCAAUCGCCCUUCCGGUCGCAAUGCACAACUGAUCCCGUAGCAGUCCGUCCGACGAAGGCGGGUCCAAAGGGCGUACGGCGAACACAGCGGGUGUCGCACGUCGACGGUGAUUAUGUGGAUAUUCGUGUGCAGGUAGUCUUCGCCCAUGAAGGGCUCCGCACGCUGCAUCUCGUCCAUGUGAGCGAAAGUGCAAGGAACCUGAGAUAUCCCGUGCCAGGUACG